AUGCACAUCCAAUUACUCGUGCUUGCUCGUUCGGCCAGCAGUGAACAGCAGCGCAACGAUAUGACGAUGAUUCAAACCUUUAUUUCAUUCACUUUAAAAAAACAUGCGGCUGUACCAUCCGACAUUGCUGGUUAUUUCAUGCAGAGUUAUGUGUUAGUCUACUUAUUCAAAUACCAGUCUAUGCGUCCUGCUAAAGCCGGACUUCAGACUUCUUGCGGUGUUCGGUUCAUGUGCCUCCACUGA